AGGGGCGGUGGGCUGCGUUUACUGAUUGCUGUCUUUCUGUUGGGGCGUUGAGGGGAGUUGUUUGCCAUCGCCUUCGAAGAUAUAGGGGCGUUCGAGUUAGGUUUCCUCCCUUGGGAACUGGUUUCAGAAUGGCAGAAGAAACUGCUGCUCCUUCUACUUCUACUGAUGAAAGAACUGAGAGCAUUGAUGUGGAUGCAGAAGCCAAGAAACAACUCGGUUUGGGGCAGAAAAACCUGGUAAUGGGAGAUAUUCCAUCUGCUGUUAAUGCGUUCCAGGAAGCUGCUAGUCUGUUGGCUCACAAGUAUGGGGAAACAGGAGACGAGUGUGCAGAAGCUUACUUUUUCUAUGGAAAAUCUCUUUUGGAAUUGGCAAGAAUGGAAAAUGGUGUGCUGGGAAAUGCUUUGGAAGGGGUGCAGGUGGAAGAAGAGGAAGAAAAAGAAGAAAAGACAGAAGACUCUAUGGUAGAAAGUGCUGAUAAUAUAGAUGAAGAAGCAAGGGAGGAAUUAAGAGAGCAGGUAUAUAAUGCCAUGGGGGAAAAAGAUGAAUCCAGAAAAACUUCUGAAGAGUCUCUGGUACAUACUGGAGUGGACAUGCAGCUGAAGGAUGUUGACAUGGAAGCAGCCAAGGAAGAGAAAGUAAACGAAGCAGCUAUGGAUGUAGAACAUAUCACUGUUGAGGAGAAAAAAGAAGAGCAGAAGAAGGUAGAAAAGCAGAUAGAGGCAGCUAUGCAAGAAGAACCAAGGGUCAGUGAAGUAACUGCUGAGGUAACAUUAGAAGAUGGUGCUGCUAGGGGAGAGAAGCCAGUGGCUGCAGAAGGGACAGCUGGAGAAGAGGAGCCAGUGGUGCUGGUAGAGGCUGGGGAAGAUGCUACUGUACAGAGAGUACUGGUUCCAGACAAGGCACCUGGGGAAGUAAAGCCAGUGGUAGAAGAGGCUGCAGAGGGAGCUGGGGAAGACACUAUAGAAAAGCCAGUGGCUGCAGGAGAAGCAGCUGAGGAAGAGAAGGUAGUUGGGAUGGGAGCUCCAGAGAAAAUAGAGGCAGAAAAGCAGGCAGACACAAUUGUAGAACACAAUCCAGUAGAGGAAUUGGUAGAAGCUUCAGGUGAGUUAGAGAGAGAAUUGGUGACGGCGGUUGAGAAAGUAGAGGGCCAGCCAGAGAAAGUAGAACAGCAGCCAGCCAGAGCUACUGAUGAAAUGACAGAGGACAUGAAGAAUACCACAGAACAAGUGGUGGUGGACUUGAAAGAGAAGGAAGAGUUAAAAGAACCCUUGGAUUCAAGAGAAGUAUCUUCAGCUUCAAAUGAAACUACUCCUUCAGGGGGCAUCGAGCAGUCACAUGAAAUACAAACUGAAGAAAAAGCAGAAGUGGCUGCUAAGGUAGAAAAAGAGGAAGAAAAGAAUGACGAGAUGGGAGAGGGCGAAGAAACAGAAGGGUCAGAAGAAGAAGACAAAGCUGAAGAGGAUAAAGAAAAUGAUUCUACUGUUGAAGAGGAUAAAGAAAACGACUCUACUGUUGAGGAGAAGGAUAGUGAAGAAGAUGACAUUGGAAACUUAGAACUGGCCUGGGAUAUGCUGGAAUUGGCAAAAGUAAUAUACAAAAGACAGGACACUAAAGAAGCUCAGCUCCUUGUUGCUCAGGCUCAUCUAAAACUAGGAGAAGUUAGCAUCGAAUCUGAAAACUACUCGCAAGCUAUAGAAGAGUUCCGUUCCUGCCUGGCAAUUCAGCAGAAAUACUUGGAGGCCCAUGACCGCUUGCUGGCAGAGACUCACUAUCAUCUGGGGUUGGCCUUUCAUUAUGAUAAUCAGUACGAUGAAGCAGUGCUACAGUAUAGUAAAUCAAUGGAAGUAAUUGAUACAAGAACGGUGAUGUUGACUGAACGACUAAAAGCAAAAGGGGAGGGAUCAGCUGAGGAUGAGAAGGAAAUUAUAGAACUCAAGGGCCUGCUUCCUGAAAUUAAAGAGAAGAUAGAGGAUUCAAAGGAGUCUCAAAAGAGCGCAAGAGUGGCUGAACUGGCUCUGAAAGCAACUCUGGUUGGUGGAUCUUCUUCAAGCUUUCCACAAGGGACUGAAAGCAGUUUAACUUCAACAAUCCCAGUUGGACAAAAAGCUGAUGGAGCAUCUCAGUGUAUUACAGACAUCUCUCAUCUUGUUAGAAAAAAGAGGAAACCAGAGGAAGAAACUCAACAGGGAGACAAUGAAGCUAAGAAAUCUAAACCAGAACCGGCUGUCAAUGGUGGUGGUGAUGCUGCCCCCAGUGGAAAUGAGGUUGCAGAGAAAAUGGAAGAGGAGACUGAGGCAAGGCCACAAGUUGAAACGGUUCAAAGUGCUGAAAAGGUUCAAAGUUCUGUAUGAUAGAUAGUUCUUUAAUAUUGGACACUCCCGAACGACAAUGGGUUUUGUAUAUAAUGUAUUUUUUCACUUUUGGCAACUUUUAUAUUCAAUAAAGAUUACUCAAACAUUUAA